GGCUAAAAGUGCAACAGGGUGUACUCUUGCGAUUGAGCGAGAGACAUUGAAUUCUAGUUCGAGCGUUUAGAAACGACAACUAUUCUCCGGUGGAAGUUGUCGUCUAUCGUCGAUGCACACCAUAACAAAACGUGUGUAAAUAAAAGUGCAUAUUUGCAAGUGCAACCUGGAACGCACACACUCCAGCAGGGCGCCCGCGCCUGAAUGCAACAGUUUGCUUCGAUGCUUCAGCGGCAAGUUGUACCUACUAAGCAAAACCGUUGACUGUGUGUUGAUCGUAGUAGACUGAGCGUUUGGCUGUGUGCGUACUGCCGUUGACGCGCCGUUGCGCGGCCAUGAUGGCGGAAAUUAUUGUGUAAUUUUCAAUUUGGGGUGGUGUUUUUCCUCCGGUCAAAGUGGUGAAAUAGUGCCAAAAAGUGCCGGAAUUCGGCGAAAGCUGUUUCCGCAAGUGUUCAGGUGUGCCAAAGUGUUGAAAUUUGCGUGUAUAAGGUGCUGAUUCAACGAAAAUUAAAGUCCACAUUUUACCCAGUAGACAUCGUACAGUUUGGCGGUCCGAGAUCCUGAUUGCUGAGGUGGCAAAGCAGGCUACGCGUGUGCGAGGGGGUUGUGGGAGGGCAGGACGCAAGGAAAAACGGGUGGUCGAACUGUGGACAGGUGGAACAGCCAUCGCAGUUGGCGUUGGGUAAUUAAGUUAUUCAAUAAGAACCAUAUGUUACGACGACGCAACGGAUGUGACCAGUGCAUUCCAUGAAACAUGACCAACGAAUCAAUGAUUGCCCAGAACAACAGUGAAUCGAAUAUUUAGUGCCAAGCAUUAUAUUUGUAACGGAAAAGAUAACUAAAUGUGAUACAAAAUAGAUAUAAGUGUAAAGCAAACAAAAGUGUUUUCUGUAACAGAACAAAGUGUAGUGUGAAACAAAUUUUAAACGUAGCUUGUGUAUACUUUAAGAAACAGUCAAAAUUGAUCCACCAACACCAACCAUGAUGGACGACGAUAAUGACGACAAAGAUGAUACGAAAAGAAAAUCUCGCAAUCUCAGCGAGAAGAAACGGCGCGACCAGUUCAACCUGCUCGUCAACGAGCUCAGCUCGAUGGUGUCCUCCAACAGCCGCAAGAUGGACAAGAGCACCGUGCUCAAGUCGACGAUUGCAUUUCUCAAGAGUCACAACGAGAUUGCGGUGCGGUCUCGCGUGCACGAGAUCCAAACCGACUGGAAGCCGUCGUUCCUGUCGAACGAGGAGUUUACCCACCUGAUCCUGGAGGCGCUGGACGGGUUCAUCAUCGUGUUCUCCUCGACGGGACGGGUAUUUUACGCGUCGGAGAGCAUCACCUCGCUGCUGGGGCACUUGCCGAGCGACCUGUCCAACAUGACGGUCUACGACAUGGUUUACGAGGAUGAUCAGAACGAUCUGUACAACAUUCUGUUGAAUCCGGCCGCCGUCGUUGAUCCACUGCAGACUGGCAUUUCCCGCGAGAACCAGGUCACGUUCGCGUGUUACAUAAAGCGUGGCACGGCUGACUACCGGUCGGAGGUUUCCUAUGAGUUAGUACAAUUUACCGGGUAUUUUAGAAGUGACGUGGACGCAGACUCGUUGAUGACCACGUCCAGGUUCAGCACCUACAUGAACGACGCCGACACGAGGCUUAUCUUCGUUGGUACGGGACGAUUACAGACGCCCCAGCUGAUUCGGGAAAUGUCCAUUGUGGACAGCUCCAAGAGCGAGUUCACCUCCAGGCAUAGCUUGGAGUGGAAAUUUCUCUUCCUGGACCACCGAGCACCACCGAUCAUUGGGUAUUUGCCGUUCGAAGUGUUGGGAACUUCCGGGUACGAUUACUACCACUUUGAUGAUUUGGAGAAGGUGGUGUCCUGUCACGAAGCUUGUAAGUAGUCAUGAUGCAAAAAAGGAGAAGGUACCUCGUGCUACUACCGAUUCCUGACCAAGGGUCAGCAGUGGAUCUGGUUGCAGACACGGUUCUACAUCACGUACCACCAGUGGAACUCCAAACCCGAGUUUGUCGUGUGCACCCAUCGGGUCGUGAGCUACGCAGACGUGAUGAAGCAGUUCCGAAAUCAAACCGGAGGAGAGAACAAGUUCGCCGAGGACGCCGACAGCGUGAGCGUGGGAGUGGAGCGGAAGUUUCAACCCGGAUCUUCCCAGAGCUUACUGGCGACGUCGCCGUGGAGUUCGAAGAGUUCACGAACGUCCCGGAUAGCACCGACACCGGGAGUUUCACCCACGGGAACAUCGUCCCGGGGAAGGCACCGGUACAACACCUACCAGGGACCGGGUUCGGAUUCGGCGACCUCGAUAUCGGCGGAAUCGCACGCCAGCCGACAGUCCAUGAUGACGACCCAUAGCUCGAAAUCCCGAAUGCGCUUCAACUCGUACCAAUCAAAGACGCCGUCCCAGCAUUCGCAAGACGGUGGCCAGCCGCCGGCGACUCACUUCAUCCUUCAGCAGCAGAUGCUUCCGAAUCCUCAGCAAACGGUUCAGGCAGAAUCGUACCAGCAAAUGCAGUUGCGACCGCCCGUGACGGCCGCCAUCAUAACUCCACCGUCGGUGACGCAGAUCAUCGGUUCGGCCGGCUUCAUGGAACCCCAGCAAUGCCUGGCCGCGAUCCCAGUUCAGCCGGUUGCGGCUUUUGCACCGGACGCAUCGGCAGCUGUGCUAUCGCCGAUUCCACCGACCUCGCCGGCAACCUUCGCCGUUCACCCGAGCGUUUCUUCGGCGGCCGGGGGAGUUGUGUUGACGCCCACUCAGAACCAGGUCCAGGAUCAGCUACACCGAAAGCAUGAGGAACUUCAACACCUAAUAAUGCAACAACAGGACGAACUUCGGAGGGUUCAAGAACAAUUGCUCAUGGCACGGUACGGACUGCUGCCGUCGAUUGUGACCAUCCCUUUUACGUCUGCCUCCAGUAGUACGAACGAUAUCAACAGUAGGUGUAGCAGUAGUGCGUACCUUCAACAUCACCAGUCACCUCACAGCAGUCACCAGUACCAAACGCAUGCUAGUCUCAUGGGCAACAAUCCCCAGCAGCAAACUCUUCCCCAGCUUUGCAUACCCCCGGACCAGAAACCGAUCUUCCAUCCCAACCAGCAGCUCAACUUCACCGACACCGGCCAACUCCGACAGCCCGGUGAUCCCACCGGCGAAGGAACAUCCUACAUGCAACUCACGCCAGUUCCAAUCCACCAUCUGCAGCAACAUCCACAACCCUCACAACAACAGCAGCAGCAGCAACAACAACAACAACUUCCCGGAACCGGAAACAGUAUGGAGCUACUGCAGUACCAGAUGGCAUCGGAACAGGCACACGUCCUGUUCACUUCCGGCAUGGAACAGCAGCAGCAGCAGCAGCAACAACAGCAGCAGCAAAUUCAUCCUCUUCACCAUCACCACCACCAUCAUCAGCAGCAGCAGGGUUCGUCACUUCACUCGCCCGGUGGUUCCACAAGUCACUCGAGAAGUGAUGUUUAGAUUUCCGAUUCACUUUUUAAAACCAACACCACACCACAAUGUAAGAGCUUUAUGUCGAACAUAUGUCAGUAGAUAACAACAAACGAGCUUUCCAACCAAAUGGAGCAUUUGAUACAAAAUACAUACAUUCCUUGUGAAAAACAAAAACGAAACGGUUUCUUGUUAAGAUGCCACUAGCUAUUUUUUAUAAACGUGUUUGAUAUACUAAAUGAAAGUGUAGAAUGUAGCGAAAAAGGAAGAAAAAAAAAGAAGGAACACUCAUCGACCAACUCGUAACAGGGACUGUAACGAAAAUAAUAAAAAUAGAUAGUUGAAAUCCUUCAAAGUGAUCCAUUUGCUGUCCAUUUUUUUGUGCUGUUUAUAGACGUUUGGCACAAGUAGGAGCGACACGGAAAAAUAUCAAAGCCGGUGUGAUACUGAAAGAUCAUUCCAAAUCUAACAGCUGUGCGGUACUAUUUGUAAGGUAAAAGGGCGAGAAGGUGGCGCGAAACAGUGCGUGCAGUAGGUAGAAACGAGUAUCUGUGAAUGUAAAUUUAACCAAAGUAGUGAGUAUCUGAUAAUCAAAUGUGGACUAUCGUUUGUGUGCAGAAGGCAAAUGUAUUUAUGGAUGUGAGAGAAGUUUGCAGCUAGAAGCUGAAAUAAAGCUUCAAUGUGCCAGAAAA